AUGUCUCCCAGAAACCUACUUCUCUUCGGCGCAAUGGGCACCAUUGGCUCGUACAUUCUCGACGCUAUUAUCUCCGCGCGCUCGCAGUUCGACCGUGUUGCUAUCUUUACAUCACCGCAUACUGCCGAGACCAAGGCUUCAGCUCUUGAGAAGCUAAAGGCGCAGAAUGUGGAGAUUAUAGUAGGUGAUAUUGAGGAUGAGGAGGCUAUUAAGGCUGCAUAUGUCGGAAUCGACACCGUAAUCUCAGCUCUUGGCCGCACAGCUCUAGCCCAACAAAUCCCCCUCAUCAAUCUCGCAGCAGCAAGCAAAGAUGUCAACCUUUUCCUCCCCUCAGAAUACGGCACAGACAUUGCCUACAGCCCCAAAUCAGCAAAUGAAAAGCCGCACCAACUUAAACUUAAAGUUCGCGCUCUCAUUGAAUCAAUCCCCCGUGAACAACUAAACUACUCAUACAUUGUUACGGGUCCAUUCGCAGAGAUGUAUCUCAAUUUCGUCCCCGGAUUAGAAGAAGCGGGAGGCUGGAAUGUAAAGGCUCAGAAAGCAACUUUACUCGGUGAGAAGGGCGAAGAUAAAGUUUCUCUAACAACUAUGAAAGAUGUCGGAACCCUCGUCCUCGCCGCAAUCCAAUCUACAUCACCGGCAACACUUAACCGUCCUCUCUGCGUGAACUCAUUCACCACCACACCAGCUAAGAUUCAAGCUGAGUUCGAGCGCCAGACAGGUACGACUUGGAAAUCAGUUUCUUAUACACCGUUGGAGCGAUUGCGUUCUUUGGAGAAUGAGGCUUGGGAGAAGGGUCUUCCGGCUGCGACUGGGGUUACGUUGCGGAGGAUUUGGACUGAGGGGGGUACACUUUAUGAGGAGCGGGGGAAUGGGGUUAUUGGGGAGCCGGUCGUUAUGGGGUUGGAGGAGGUUGUUGCGAAUGAACUUAAGAGAGUUUCUUCUUUGUAA